UCGGCUACGCGGCAGGCACGGGCCGGGGGUCUCCGACCGUCGCCCCCUCCUCGCGAGAGGAAUAGAGCCCUGUCUGCCCGGCCCUGGCUAACCCUGUCCUUUUGCCUCUCGUUGCAGUGGAAGAGUAGGUGGCUGGUGCUGCGCAAGCCCUCCCCGGUGGCAGACUGUUUGCUCAUGCUGGUGUACAAGGAUAAAUCUGAACGAGCGAAAGGGCACAAGGAGAGAAGCAGCGUGACCUUAGAAGACAUCUGUGGCUUGGAUCCUGGGCUGUCCUAUGAGGGCUUGAAUCACACUCUUGCAAUCAUCUGUCUUUCUCAAGUUGUGAUGCUAGGAUUUGAGAACAAGGAAACAAUGUAUGCGUGGGAUGUACGAAUCCGCUACAGUUUGGGGGAAGUUCAUAGAUUUCAAGUUUUUGUAGCACCUGGCACUAAACUAGAGAGCGGGCCUGCUACGCUGCAUUUCUGCAAUGACAUUCUCGUCCUUGCAAAAGACCUUCCCCCUAGUGUUAUGGGGCAAUGGAAACUCUCAGAUCUGCGUCGAUAUGGAGCUGUCCCAAACGGAUUCAUCUUUGAAGGGGGUACAAGGUGUGGCUUCUGGGCUGGUGUUUUCUUCCUCUCUUGUGCUGAAGGAGAGCAGAUCAGCUUUCUGUUUGACUGCAUCGUCCGCGGCAUCUCCCCGACGAAAGGCCCUUUUGGUUUGCGUCCAGUGCUACCAGCUUGAUACACCUUCGACCACUGCAAGACAGCUCUGUGGCUGCCUUCAGCAGUAUCUGUACCAACUGGAUCCUCCUCAAACUUUGAGGACACCUUUGCAUUCCUCCAGACAUCUUACAAGGUGUGGAGAUGUUAGCAUAAAGGUGAGGGUCCAGGCCUGAUUUGCAAAUUUGACUACAGUUACAAAGGAAGAAAGGACAGGCGUUGAGCAUACCUUAUCUAACUUUGU